AUGGAGGCACUGGAGGUGACACUGGUGAUGGAGGUAAUGGUGGAAAUGGAGGUGAUGGUGGAGAUGGAGGUGAUGGAGGCAGCAGUGGUGAUGCUGGAGAUGGAGCAGAUGGUGGUGAUGGUGGCAAUGGAGGCAAAUGUGGUGAUGUUGGAGAUGGAGGUGAGGGUGGAAAUGGAGGCAAUGAUGGUGAUGGAGGUGAUGGAAGCAGUAGUGGUGAUGCUGGAGAUGGAAAAUAAUGGAGGCGAUGGUAUAGAUAGAGGUGAAGGAGGCAGUGGUGGUGAUGAUGGUGAUGGUGGUGAUGGAGGCAAUGGCAGUGAUGCUGGCGAUGGAGGUGAUCAUCUAAAUGGCGGCAAUGGUGGAGAUGGAGGCGAUGGAGGCAGUGGUAGUGAUGCUGGCAAUGGAGGAGAUGGUGGUCAUGGAGGCAAUGGUGGUGAUGCCGGUGAUGGAGGGGAUAGUGGUGAUGGUGGUGAUGGUGGCUAUGGUGGUGAUGCUGGUGAUGGAUGUGACGGUGGAAAUGGAGGUGAUGGUGCAGAUGGAGGUGAUGGAGGCAGGGGUGGUGAUGCUGGUGAUAGAGGAGCUGGUGGUGAUGGUGGCAAUGGAGGCAACGGUGGUGAUGCUGGCGAUGGUGGAAAUAGAGGCAAUGGUGAUGAUGGAGGUGAUGGAUGUGAUGGAGGAAAUGGAGGUCAUGGUGGAGAUGGAGGUGAUGGAGGCAGUGCUGGUGAUGCUGGCAAUAGAGGAGAUGGUGGCAAUGGAAGAAAAGGUGGUGGUGCUGGUGAUGGAGAAGAUGGUGGUGAUGGUGGUGAUGGAGGCAAUGGUGAUGAUGGAGGUGAUGAUGCUGGAGAUGGAGGAGAUGGUGGUGAUGGAGGCAAUGGCGGGCAUGCUCACGAUGGUGGUGAUGGUGGGAAUGGAGGCGAUGGUGGAGGUGAAGGAGGCAGUGGAGCUGAUACUGGAGAUGGUGGUGAUGGAGGCAAUGGGAGUGAUACUGGCGAUGGAGGUAAUGGUGGAAAUAGUGGCAAUGGUGGAGAUGGAGGUGAUGGAGGCAGUGGUAGUGAUGCUGUCUAUGGAGGAGAUGGGGGUGAUCGUGGUGAUGGAGGCAUUGCUGGUGAUGCUGGUGAUGGAGGAGAUGGUGGCGAUGGUGGCAAUGGAGGCAACGGUGGUGAUGGAGGUGAUGGAGACUGUGGUGGUGAUGCUGUAGAUGGAGGAGAUGGUGGUGAUGGUGGCAACGGAGGCAAAUGUGGUGACGUUGGAGAUGGAGGUGAUGGUGGUGAUGGUGGCAACAGAGGCAAACGUGGUGAUGCUGGCGAUGGUGAAAAUGGAGGCAAUGGUGGUGAUGGAGGUGAUGGAAGUGAUGGAGGAAAUGGAGGUGAUGGUGGAGAUGGAGGUGAUGGAGGCGGUGGUGGUGAUGCUGGUGAUGGAGGAGUUGGUGGUGAUGGUGGCAAUGGAGGCAACGGUGGAGAUGCUGGCGAUGGAGGUGAUGGUGGAAAUGGAGGCGAUGGUGGAAAUGGAGGUGACGGAGCCAGUGGUAGUAAUGCUGGCAAUGGAGGAAAUGUUAGUGAAGGAGGAAAUGGUAUGGAUGCUGGCGAUGGUGGAAAUGGUUGUGAUUGUGGAGAUGGAGGGGACGGAGCCAGUGGUAGUGAUGCUGGCAAUGGAGGAGAUGGUAGUGAUGGAGGAAAUGGUGGUGAUGCUGGCGAUGGAGGUGAUGGUGGAAAUGGAGGCGAUGGUGGAAAUGGAGGUGACGGAGCCAGUGGUAGAGAUGCUGGCAAUGGAGGAGAUGGUAGUGAUGGAGGAUAUUGUGGUGAUGAUUGUGAUGGUGGCAAUGGUAAAAAUGGAGGUGAUGGUGGAGAUGGAGGUGAUGGAGGCAGCGGUCGUGAUGCUGGCAAUGGAGGAGAUGGUAGUGAUGGAGGAAACAGUGGUGAUGCUGGCGAUGGUGGAUAUGGUUGCGAUGGUGGAGAUGGAGGUGACGGAGCCAGUGGUAGUGAUGCUGGCAAUGGAGGAGAUGGUAGUGAUGGAGGAAAUGGUGGUGAUGCUGGCGAUGGUAAAAAUGGAGGUGAUAGUGGAGAUGGAGGUGAUGGAGGCAGCAGUGGUGAUGCUGGCAAUGGAGGAGAUGGUGGUGAUGGUGGUGAUAGAGGCAUCGGUGGUGAUACUGGUGAUGGAGUACAUGGUGGUGAUGGUGGCAAUGGGAGCAACGGUGGUGAUGCUGGCAAAAGUGGAAAUGGAGGCAAUGGUGGUGAUGGAGAUGAUGGAGGCAGUGGUGGUGAUGCUGGAGAUGGAGUAGAUGGUGGUGAUGGUGGCAAUGGCGGUGAUGCUGGCGAUGGAGGUGAUGGUGGAAAUGGAGGUGGUGGUGGAGAUGGAGGUGACGGAGCCAGUGGUAGUGAUGCUGGCAAUGGAGGAGAUGGCAGUGAUGGAGGAAAUGGUGGUGAUGCUGCUGAUGGUGGCAACAGUAAAAAUGGAGGUGAUGGUGGAUGGUGA